GGCAGGGACACAGAGUCGCGCUCCCGGCGGCGCGGAGACUCCGGGCUCCCCUCGAAGCACAUUUAGAGCCAACCAAGAUGUUCGUCAAAUCCGAGACCUUGGAGCUGAAGGAGGAAGAGGACAUGCUGGUGCUGCUGGGCGCGGCCUCCCCGGCCUCCGCGGCCCUGACCCCGCUGUCGUCCAGCGGCGACGAGGGGGACGAGGAGGAGGAGCCGGCGCGCGCGGGCGGGGCGCGGCGCGCGCGGGCCCGAGGCGGGGCCGGGCGCGCGGGCGGCGCGGCGGCGGCGGGGCCCGAGGGCUGCCGCCCGGCGCGCCUUCUGGGCCUGGCGCACGAGUGCCGGCGGCGCCCGGCGCGGGCGCGGGCGGCGUCCCGCGGCGCCAAGACGGCCGAGACGGUGCAGCGCAUCAAGAAGACGCGCAGGCUGAAGGCCAACAACCGCGAGCGCAACCGCAUGCACAACCUCAACGCGGCGCUGGACGCGCUGCGCGAGGUGCUGCCCACCUUCCCCGAGGACGCCAAGCUCACCAAGAUCGAGACGCUGCGCUUCGCCCACAACUACAUCUGGGCGCUCACCGAGACGCUGCGCCUGGCCGACCACUGCGGCGGCGGCGGCGGCGGCGGCGCGGGCCUGCCGGGGGCGCUCUUCCCCGACGCCGCGCUGCUGAGCCCGGGGGGCGCGGGCGCCGCCCUGAGCAGCGGCGGGGACAGCCCGUCGCCCGCCUCCACGUGGAGCUGCACCGACAGCCCCGCGCCGCCCUCGUCCGCGUGCUCCAGCUCCACCUCCCCCUACCGCUGCGCUUUCUCGCCCGCCAGCCCCGCCGGCUCGGACCUGGACUACUGGCAGCCGCCACCUGCCGACAAGCACCGCUACGCGCCUCGCCUCCCCGUGGCCAGGGACUGUGUCUAG